AACUUGAAGUUAUAUUUGUGAAGACUGAAAGAUCAGAUCAGAGAGAGAAUCCAUAUCUACCACCUUAUUUUGUGUCAUAAUCAGUCUUUCACAAACCUACAAACACUUUCAUUUUCCCCUAACAAUUAGUGCUAUAUCUUUUGUCACAAUUCCCUUUUCCAAGUGCACAUAUACCUAUAGGAGCACCCUAAUAUUUUCAAUUGUCCUUAGAGUUAGCUUUGCAUAUACCUGAUACAACCCCCUCUUCCUUUACCCCUACCUUUGCUUCAUAUUCGGUUCCAGCCAUUUCCAUCAACUUUUGCUACACCUUAAUCUUUAUUUCUUUCCACAAAGGAGAGAGAUUGUAGUGGCCAUUUUUCCUCCACACCACACGCCGCAUAUUUCAUAGUAAAGGUUAACCGGAUAUGAAGCUUUCCAUGUCUGCCUGUAAACAGGCUGUACAGCCGCUAGUGAAUUUCCAGGUUGGUCUCAACAUGGAGCCUUUCUUUCGACGGAAAGACAAGGUUGUCUUUGUAAUGGGAGCUACGGGUACUGGCAAGUCACGACUUGCCAUUGAUCUCGCUACUCGUUUCCCUGCAGAGAUUGUGAAUUCUGAUAAAAUACAGGUUUACAAAGGCCUCGAAAUAGUCACCAAUAAAGUUACUGAAGAGGAGUGUAACGGUGUCCCCCACCAUUUACUUGGCACGAUAGACCCCAAUUCAAAUUUCACCGCAACUGACUUCCGAAACAAAGCUUCACUAGCCACUGAAUCCAUCGUCGCACGUGAAUGCCUCCCCAUCAUCGCUGGUGGCUCAAAUUCCUACAUUGAAGCUCUAGUCAACGAUGAUCCCGACUUCCGAUUCAGGUACGAAUGUUGCUUUCUCUGGGUUGAUGUUUCAUUGCCCGUCCUCCAUUCUUUUGUAUCCGAAAGAGUUGAUCGGAUGGUGGAGCUUGGCCUCGUAGAAGAGGUCAAAAGUAUAUUUGAUCCUCAGGCUGAUUAUUCCAAAGGAAUUAGACGUGCAAUUGGGGUCCCUGAAUUAGACCAGUUUUUACGUGAUGAAUCCAUUCUUGAUGAUGAAACUCGAAUCAAAUAUCUACAAGCAGCCAUUGCAAAAAUCAAAGACAACACUUGUUCGCUAGCUUGUCGCCAAUUACAAAAAAUCCGAAGGCUAUAUAAUCAAUGGAAUUGGAACAUGCAUCGCAUAGACGCCACUGAAGUCUUCCUAAAACGCGGCGCAGAGGCCGACCAUGCUUGGGAUGAGGUAGUGAGACGAACCAGUGCCAUGAUUGUUGAAAAAUUCCUUCAUGAUGAAGACCGAAUGACCACCAUUGUGUCACCCGGCACAGCGCCUACCUCCACCCUUAUUAGUACUCCACCCAUGCCCAUCGCCGCCGUGGCAGCCGCAACUCGCUAGAGGUAUGGACCCACACAAUCAACCCCAGACGACACAUGAUGGUGCCACGUGGCAUUCUGCCACGCGUGGAAUUUCCCUUUUUUGGUUCUGGUAAUUUUUAUGUAAUGGCAUAUAUUUACUAUCUAAUUAAAAAAAAACAAAAAAAAACAAAAAAACAAAACAAAACAAAAGGGGAGAAUUGUUACUUUAGAGAGGUUAAUGUCAGGUCGUUAUAUGCAUACAUUUGGCGGCCGUACAGAUGGGAGCAUUUUAGAAAUCCGUGCUGGCUGAUGAAAUCAACGUCACACACGCACACGAGGGGGCGCCUUUGCCUUUGAAUUUUCCGUACUACUAUACUACUGUGUGGUGCACCUGCAUCAAUCAUGAUACAGUAAGUGUUGUGUGCGAGUGUGGUGGAAUAGUCCAAUAAGAAAAUGUAGGACCCAGCAGUUCUGUACAUGAUCGGAGGGUUGUGUUUUGGUGUUUCGGUGUGACAUGAGCUGUAACAUUGGUAUAUAAUAUAUAAAUAUAUAUUAUUACUUUUUAUAUAUAAAUGAUUGGAAUAAUAUAUGAGAGAUGGUGAGUGUUUCUCUCUAGUCUAUUGU